UGUGUGUGUUAUAGAUUAGUCUUAUUGAUCUGGAGACAGCAUGGUCUCGAGAGGAUAAGACCGUAAACAUCUUGGAGAUCUGAAAUCGAGAACCUCUCAUUUUUAAAGGCUAUUUUAUACUUACGUUGUGAUAUCAAUUUCAGGAGUCUUUGGCAAGUGGAGUAGAUAUCAACAAGAAUGGUGGAGCUACACCCUGCGGUUGAGCUACCGCUCUCGACGGAUGAACUGGAAGAGUUAGCGGAGGACAUGAAGGAUCGGGCAUAUGCGAUGGGGGUACUAAUCCGCCCCUCCAAACACCGGACGAUACAUGGACCCAUUACGCUGCUCCCAUCCACCUUCCCGAGACUUCUCUACAAUAAGGCAAUGCAACUACAGACUGAUAUUAAUCUCCUUAUGCUGGGGAUCAGCAAAGACGAUGAAUUCCUAUAUGCAGCACUUAAAAGUGUUGUUCCUGUUGACGAGUUCACAAGACGGCUUUAUGAGAUGCAUUUACAAGUUAAAAAGGAAGGCUGCUUCAAGCCAGUAACUUUAUGCAUCAACCGGACCGAUUAUAUGCUAGACUGUUGUAAGGAGGACGAUGAAGAGUCUUUCCUGGACCUAUCCAUGGUUGAGAUUAACACUAUAGCAGCAGGGUGUCCAGCUCUUAGUACAAGAUUAGUAGAUGUACAUAGGUUUAGUUUAGAGCAGCUUGGUAUGAGUAGAGAGAAGGUAUUAGAUCGUGUACCGGGUAACUACGGAAUGGAAGGUGUAGCUGAUGGGAUGGUGACCACGUGGCGAUUAUACGGAGAAACAAAAGCCGUUCUAGUAUUUGUUGUACGACCGGAAGAGAGCAACAAAUUUGAUCAGAGAUGGAUGGAGUAUGGUAUCAAGGACCUGGAUGAUCGGGUGAAGGUCAUUAGAAGGACACUACCAGAGAUAGGCGAACGAGCCGAACUACGGGGAGACGAAAGAAGAUUAUUCAUAGAUGGUAUGGAAGUUGCGAUACUCUAUUUUCGAACAGGAUAUUCACCAAUAGACUAUCCGACAGAAAUGGAGUGGAAUGCCAGGUUACUUGGUGAAAGGUCGAGGGCAGCCGUGUGUCCCUCUGUGGCUAUGCAGUUGGCUGGGACCAAAAAGAUUCAACAAGUUCUUUACGACCCUGGAUCUAUCGAACUCUUCCUCAAAGGAAAACAGAGAGUCGAUGAUGUGCGAAGCAUAUUUACAGGACACUAUACUCUAGAUCUUACACCUGCUGGUGAUGAGGCAGCUGAGAGAGCGAUUGCAAACCCGAUGAAAUACGUCAUGAAACCACAGAGAGAAGGAGGAGGUAAUAAUUUGUUCGGGGAAAAGAUGAAGGAAGCGCUGGAGAAGCUUCGUGGAUCACCGGAGAGGGCGGCAUACAUGCUAAUGGACAGGUUCAACUCUCCGGUCAAUCAUAACUAUUGCAUGAAGUGCGGAAGCUCGGAUCUAGAACUCAUGACUGUGGCCAGCGAGUUUGGUCCUUUCGGAACUUUAGUAAGUUACAACAAUGAAGUGGUGUUCAACAAGACAACCGGAUACCUGUACCGUACUAAAGACAUUAAACUCGAUGAGGGAGGGUUGAUGGUCGGGACAGGGUUCCUAGACACACCCUAUCUAUCAUCUGCAGAGGUCAUCUGUCCUUCAGCAACCCAGAAUGGAUUUGGUGAACAUUAAACUCACAAACUUCAACCUUGAAGAUUAAAUUCUUGGAGGGUACAACUCCCACUCGUCUACUAUAGUAAUCUACUAAUCUUCCAAAUUAAUAUUAAGUAUUUAGCUGUCCUUAUAGAGAGAUGUUGAGUCCGGCUCUUAGAUUAUCGUAUGAUUUCACAGGCUUCUUCCUCCCUUCCAGGUAUCUUGCCAUCUAAGUUUUCUCGAGAAGAAAUUCCCAAUAUAUAUACAUAUAUAUAUACAGUAUAUAUGUAUAAAAUUACACAGACUGACAGAAUAUAUAUUGUAUAUUUUUAUUUGUCAGUUGUUGCGCCACCGGAGCGAUUUGGCAUAGCUUGAACGCAGCUUGUUGGGACAAUGAAAGGACUCUGCACUAAUCGUAAGGUGUUCGUACGAUUAGUGCAGACCUUCCUUGGGGCAUCAAGAGAUUGUAAUUCUACAGCACCGAGCUCCAUCUAUAGAUCUUGGCACAAAAACGUAUGGUAUCGUGUAAUCUAUUCGCAGAGGCUGAGAGAAUCGACAUUAUGUACGAUGUAUUUACGAUCUCCACGCAGCCUUUGUAGGCUAUGCCCGCAUGCAAGACAUCUUUUGAUGCUCAUAAUACGAUGUAGACCAUCGUCAUGUACAAUACCACUCGUCGAUAUGCAUUUCAGGAAAAUAGAUAGACUUAUAUUUAGAAUAAUUCAGAGAAAAAAAUCAUUGCAUCGUAUGUCAGGGCUAUUAUAAUAAAAAAAACGUUGUGGUGCUACAAACACAGUAAAUGCCUUCAGCGCGUAUUAAGUCGUCUUUUUUUCAAAUCUCCCCUUAUAAAAAAAAAUAGAGAGCUUACACUAGAACUGCAUUGUCCCUUACGGAAUAUCCCUAAUUCUGACGCCGCCGCGGCGAAGAUGUAGGAAAAAUAAUUUAUUUCUCAGGCUGAAGAAAAUGAUUGCAUAAUUUUGUAUAGAUCGGUUUGGUUUUGAAAGAAGACGACAACAUUAUACAUGUAAAUUUAUAUGAAAAUAAAACGAGUUACAGAAGAAUAUUACGGCCAUCGAUUAUUGCCAUCUAUAUACGCAAACAAGAAAAAAAUAUAUAUAUAUACCCCUAUACUCGUCAUAUUUUAAUACUAAAUUAAUGUUAUACACCUCUUUUUGAAAUUUAAUACUAAUAUCUAACAGCAUACUCACCAGUGCAAUAAUAUAAGUGAGUUUUAAGAACAUUAUAUUGUCGGCGCGCGGUUGUUAUAUUUUAUUCAAAAAUACGUUUUAUAUGAUAAGAAUUUCAAUUAUUUUAAUCAUGGUAACUUUGAUCUAUCUCAGGCUAUGAAUAUUAUGUCGUGUAACGAAUAGUAAAAAAGAGGCAAUUAGGCAGAUAGAUAUGAAUGAGUAUAUAUUUUUUCUUUACUUCAAGUUAAUUAGUCUGAAGCGUAAAAUUAUGUUGGAAGACGAAUAACAUUUGUGACAAAUAAGUACAGCUUUAUGUCCAGAAAGUAAGCCUCUAAAUUUUGUGAAAUAUCCUAAUUCUUUGUUUUUUUAUUUUUCAUAAUAUAGAUUAUGAUGGAUGAGAGAGAAAAAAUUCAAUGUACAACUUUUCGUGUUGUAAAUGUUAUCACAUUGUUAUUUCUUCGAAGUUACGUGUUUCUUAUAUGCUUUUUGUAACUGCAGAGUAAGUUUACAUGAUAUGCUAUUGUUAAUCUACAUUUAAUGUUUAAGACUGUUAUUUUCGAUUAAAACAUGAAUCUGUUAUACGUUAA